UCCAGAAACAAGCCAGAAUAUUAGCUCUCUGUGCACCAUCCCAUGCUUCCAGAACAAUCUCCUUUUCCCUUUAUAUUAUCACAUUCCUCCAAUUUUCUCUAUGUCUGAAAUUACAAAGAUAAAAUGGCUCACUGCUUAUCAAGAUUUCCAAUUUCUCACCCUUUUUCAUUUUCAAUCAAUCAUCACAACCCAAAAUAUUCCCACUAUAGCUACUCUGUUCCAAAUUCUGGCAGAGAUGGUAAUAACACAGUGAAGGUCAUGGCAGUUGAUGAAAGACACAAUCUUGAUCACUUGCAAAGACAGAACAAGCAUCAAUCUCCUCAACUCAAAAAGAGAUCACCCCAAGUGGCCCCUGUUGGGUUAUGGGAUAGGUUCCCAACAGCAAGAACAGUCCAACAAAUGAUGGAGACAAUGGACAGAAUCAAGGAGGACCCUGUUGCUUUUGAUGGAGGUUGGGUUGCAGGGCCAUCAACUGAGGAAGUUGGGUACAGAAGGGGAAGGACGCCAUGGGAGAUAAAAGAAAGUGAAGGAGAAUACAAAAUGAGAUUUGACAUGCCAGAUGUGAAGGUUUGGGUAGAAGAAACAUUGUUGGUUGUGAAAGCUGAGAAAGUGGCCAAGAAUAAUAAAGAGGAAGAGGAGGAAGAAUGGUCUGCUAAGAGCUAUGGAAAAUAUAGUACAAGAAUUGCUUUGCCUGAGAAUGUUGACUUUGAGAAAAUUAAGGCUGAGGUUAGAGAUGGUGUCUUGUAUAUUACUAUACCAAAGGCUAGUUCUAAUCCCAAAUUUUUUGACAUUAAUGUUGAAUGAUAAAUUUUGAUGUCUGUUUAAUGUUGAUCCCAAGUUCACUUUCCGCUUGAAAAAUUGAAAUCUCUUUUUAAUUUACGUACAUAAAUUUAGAAAAAAUUAUUUUUGGAACUUGUAAGUUUAGAAUUUGACUUUUAUAUAUUAAUAAAUGUAAAGGCUCAUUGAGCUUUUGAAUUUUCUUUUCGGAUUUUUGUCCACUCACAAAGUUUAAUUAUAUAUUGAAAGUUUGAAACUAGUUAAUUCGCCCGCGCUUUGCAAGGUCAUAAAAGAAGAUAUAAUCUUGUAAUAAAUUUGAUCGAAAGAUAAGAGAUAAUCGUUUAAUGUAUGUGCAUACAAAAAAGUCUAUUUACAAUCUCAUUUCAGUCAAAUCCUAGAAGUAAGAAAAAUGAUUUGCAGUUGAUGAUCCCGUAAAUUUCAUUCAAAUCCUAGAAAAAAGUCUAUUUAAUCUCAUUUCAUUCAAAUCCUAGAAGUAAGAAAAAUGAUGCAGUUGAUGAUCCCGCACAUCACUACUCAUGUUACACCUCUGAGUAACCUAUUAUAUAAUGCACAUGUUAUCAAUGCAUGUUUGUAUAAAUGUAAAAUGAAUAUUCCUACCUUGAGGCUCCCAUCAAUAAAAUAUUUCAAAAGACUUAUUUGUGAAUAUGAAUAAAGGGCAAACAGGGAAUUCUGAUUUAGUAUGCAUCUGAAGAAGGAACUCUUGGUUUUGCUAAUAUAUGCGGGGAGCAAUACAGAAAAAAUAGUACCAACGCUUGCUCUCCAAGACUUUCUUCUAGGUGUCUCGAGUAAAUAGUUCUUAUCAGUGUUUCACUGUAUUUUGGUAGAGCUCAUAUUUCACGACAUAGCUCAUUUAUCCCUCACUUGUAUAGAUUUAACAAAGACUUGUUCUUAUGAAUUUGGAUAUUUUGAAUGAAAAAUAGAAACACAGCAGCUGAAUAUUGAAUUAACCUGCAUAUUAUUCACCAAAACAUAAUUUAGAAGAACAGGUUGAUUCCUCUAAUUAAAAGAUAAUCAAAUCAUCUUCUAAGCAUAUGGGAGAAGAUAUGGGAAUAGACUAACUGACAAUUCUGUUAUUUGUGAAAUUAAAUGCAUAUUUCAUUUCAUUCAAUCAAAAGAAACUUCAUACCUGAACAGACGUUGUGUUGCUCGAGUUAGGAGAAUGUGUUUCCAUCCUAGUCAUUUGACGAUCAAAAUCUUAUCUCUAUGUUGUUGUGUUUAACCAGUGUAACAUCUGGUGAUCCCCACAUAAUUUAAGUAGCUUUCCUGUUAAGAAGCUUCAUCCAUUUAUUUAUUUUAGUAUUGUCGAACAAAGCACCAUGAAAUGCUAAAACAUAAAAGAAAAACGAACACUAAAAGACAUGGCCUCAAUAUUAUUUUAAUAUCAAUAUACUGACUUGUCUUAGAAUCUAUGUUUCGUAAACUUUCCUUGCCUCAUACACGGGUAAUGGGGAUUCAGUUCACAAAAGUCCAUGCUUCAUGAAGUUCUUGACAACAUUAUAACUGUCAUGAUCAAUUAUUUUCCCAAAAGGCUGCUGAUUCUUCAGAGCUUGCAUUAGUUGGAAUUUUUUUAUCUGAAAAACUCUGCAUACGUAAAACUCAAGCAGCUUCAAAAAAAAGAAUCUCAGUCUAAUUCAAUUGUAGAAUGAAAACAACCAGAAGAUGGCUGAAGUUCAUAAAAAGUAAAAGCUAUUGCUAAAUUACUGAACUACAUUUUUGGGAUACCAACCAUCAUUUUUAUUUUAAAAUGAACAUAUUGACAAAAAAGAAGUAUACAAAUUGGGUUAGAAAUUAAAGAUGGCUAACUAAUUCCAGCUUUACAAGUAAAAUCAAGCGGCACAUCUUAGUAACAAACAGAUAAACAAUUCCAACAAAAACUCUUAAUCAACUUCAACUUUUGGUCCAGCACCGCUUCUAUUUCCAGCAUCACCACCAACGGAAGGAUCAUCUUCAUCCAUAGAAGCUCCAUUGGCGUUGGUGAUGGAUCAUCUUCAUCCAUAGAAGCUCCAUUGGCGUUGGUGAUGGAUCAUCUUCAUCCAUAGUAGCUCCAUUGGCAAUACCUUGAUACAUCUUAGCAAUGUCUGGAUUGCAGAUGCUUUCCAAUUCCGUCCUUUUGUUUUCAAAUUCAUCAGCAUCUAUAAGUUGGCUCAUAUUUCUCUUCCCACUCACUUCAACACAAUCUAUUUAUCUCUACUCAUCACCAAACGUCGCACUAAAAGCAGGCUUCUCCUACAAGUUUGUUUCACUGCAUCCAAGAAAUGGACCCAAUCUAUGGAGAUGCUUUAUACUCAUGUUCCCCCACAUCAUGUCACAAAAUCACAUUAGAAAGAUAAAAAAGUGAUUAUUGAAUAAUGGUUGAAAUAACAGCAAGAGGAGGAGGCAACUCAAAACAGCAAUACAAAAAUGGUAAAAUAAUUAAACAAUAGUAACUUCGAGAGAAAAGAUAAAUACAAGCUUUGACAUGUCCCCCUGAUACGAUCCGGAAUGGCUCAAGUGCUCAAUUUUAUCCAAGAACUUGUGCUAGAAGCGCAGACAAGGACUUUCAAGCUUUAGAAGCCAUGUUCAUGGAGAAUGAAGCUAUGGAAGCACUUAAAGGGAGUCAUUGGAGGGCCUUCAAACUAUGAAAGAUAGAAUGGAGGAAGAAGUCAAGAGACCAAGAGUCCAAGGCCCAAGGCUUGCCUCUUAAAGUGGCUACACUUGCAAGCUUGGGUGAUUCAAGGCCGGAAGAUGGCUAUUUGCGCAAAGGGCUAUUUGUGCAAGUGGCUACUUUGCGCAAGAAGGGUUAUGCUUGCAAGAAGGCCAUGCAUGCAAGGUUGAUUAGAGGGCCAUCUAUGCAAGGAGGGACGUGUUUGGCCAUUGAACGUCAAUCCUUGAAUUGAAGACUACACUAAGAAGACUAGCCAAACAAGGCCCUUCCCUCAUCAAUGACAUUUUUGUAAUAACUUAAUUAGUCUUCUUUAGUCUACGAGUAUAAAUACUAGACUUAGACAUUUCAUUUACUUAGAUUAUGAUGAAUUGAGAAUACUCCUUUGGAGAGAUAGAUUGUUUAGCUAGGAUUAGCUUUAGAUUAAUAAUAGUUAAUGAUGAAUUCCAUUGUUGGUUUUGAACCGA